UACACAAAAAAUACCAUAUCAUGUCUGGUCAGGAAUGCCGCGGGAGCGACCAAAGUCUCCAAUGCCUUCCCCGACGUUCGCAUCGUCAUGGGGGACCUCGACGACACCGACCUCAUCGAGCGUGAAGCACGCGACACCGACAUUGCCCUCCACUUGGCUGCGACCGGCCACAUCGCCAGUGCUACUGCCAUCUCCCAGGGGCUAUCUAAGGCACAGUCGAAGAGCCCGAAGCAUUGGAUCCAAAUGUCCGGCGCUACGCUUCUUGCUGCCGAAAUCGCCCAAAGCAGAUUUGGCUUCAAAGCUGCCAGGACCUUCGACGAUCUGAACGAUAUCCAAGACGUCAUGUCUAUCAUCAGGAGUAACCCGAAGCGAGCAGUGGAUAAUCUUGUCAUUUCGCAGGACUCCUCCAAGGUGAAGACUGCCCUGAUUGUCGGUCCGCUCAUCUACGGGGUCGGAAGAGGUCCCGUCAACACUCGCAGCGUUCAGGCCCCGGAGAUUGCUCGCGUUACCUUGGAGCAGAAAGAAGGCUUUCGGCUGGCGGAAGGCGAGAAUAGCUGGAGUAAUGUCCAUGUCCACGACCUGAGCGGUUUGAUCGUCGCGCUGGUCGACGCCGCCGUCAACAACCGUCCCGGUCUGUGGAAUGAAAAUGGUAUAUACUUCCCGGAGAAUGGGAAUAUGACUUUUGGCAAACUAUGCGCUGAGAUUGCCGCUGAAGCGCACAAGCAUGGGCUCGUCCCUGAUCCUGAGGUAAAGAAGGUGAUUGAUGGAAAGGAAGCCGAUGCUUUGUCGGGGCAUGCAUCUAUCUUGUGGGGCACUAACGCGGUUCUGCGAUCCUCAAGGGCGAGGACGCAGCUUGGUUGGAAGCCAUCGGCUCCAUCUUUGAAAAACGUCAUUCCAGAGAUUGUCAGGAUAGAGACUGGUCGGCGCUAAGUCAUAUGGCAGUGUAACAGAUCUCAGUGGGUGAGAAUGCAGACUUAAUAAGGUGCUGCAAGCUGAGCACGUGGAGGGACGAGAAGGGCGGGGUUGGAGGAUGAAGAGUGCGGUUUUCGACCAGUCGCGGGCGUGGGAGUUUAAGCGCGGUGCUUCGGGCCAGUAAGCGAAGGGACCGAAGCUGAAGCUUGGCCGUACAAGCAUUUCAUGGCAU